CGUCUUCUCUGCGUUUGCGACCGCACGGCUCCAACGCCGGAAGUUAUUCUCCCCCCCACUCCCACAAUGCCCCGCAGGUGGCGGGGACCCGAGGAUCUUUACGCGGGGAUUCGGACACGCUUCUGACUCGUCUUGGGCUUCGCUACCUCUGCGGGCUGAGGGAAGACGGCUCCGGGGCCAUGGCGGCAGGGGCUGCGGCGCUACUGCGCGGAGGCUGGAGGGCGUUGAGGGCACUGGACCGGCCCGCUGCCCUCCGAGCAGCUGCUGGGAUCGACCGAGGGCUGUUGGGGCCGCCGCUUCCAAGUUCUAUCUGUGCAUUGGAGAGAUUUAUGAAAGACUGUACUCUAUCUAAUGUUCCAAAGAAGCCCUUGACAUCAUACAUUCGAUUUGUAAUGGAUCGGCAACCCCAAUUUAAAGAACAAAAUCCAGAUUUGAAGAACACAGAAGUGAUUAGGAUGCUUGCUCAAGUCUGGAGAGAGCUUCCAGCAUCAGAGAAGAAAGUAUAUGAAGACGCUACCAAGGCAGAUUUUAAAUUAUACCAAGAACAGGUCUCUAAAUAUAAAGCAGAGCUCAAGGUUGGUGAAAAAAGAAAUUUGAAAGUCGAGAGGCGGCGAAAAAAGGCUAGAAAAGAAAUAGUAAAGAAAAAAAGAGAGUUAACAGUCUUUGGAAAACCCAAAAGACCUCGCUCAGGUUAUAAUAUUUUCAUUUCUGAAAACUUUAAGGAAUCACGGGGACUUCCAGCACAGGAAAUGCUGAAGAUUUUAAAUAAAGAGUGGAAAAAUCUGUCAUCAUCUCGAAAGCAGGUAUACAUGCAACUUGCUGAAGAUGAUAAAAUUCGUUAUACAAAUGAAAUUAAAUCGUGGGAAGAAAAAAUGAUUGAAAUUGGACGGGAAGAUCUUUUGCGCUUUAGGAAACUAAAAGACAAAAUUGGAAAAGGCCUUGAAGAUAUCUAUUGAUAUUUGUAUCUUCAUAGUGAAUAUGAGAAAUAUUCAAGAAACCAAUCAGGUCUCUCACUACGCAGAACUGUGGCAAAAUUUCUAAAAAUGAUGCUGAUGAACAUUUUAUAUUAAUCCGUUUUUGUUAAAACAUGGACUUCAGCCAGUAUGCUGACAUUUUGUAUUAGCACCUAGUUGUGGAUACUCAACUGGUAUAUAUUCAGUCCAGAUUCAGAAAAAGUUUGGUUUUGGAACUACUGAAUACCAAAAAAAGUCAUCAAGGUGUAAGAGGAAUUAAUUUAUCCUUUCUUAGAUAAGGAUAAAUCAAACUGUGAAAUAUUUUUGAUACUGGAUGACAACUCUGGAGAAAGUAUUUUUUUGUUUCCUCAUGAGGAAACAAGCACUUGCUUUCCUCAGAUUGUCUUAAAUUAUAAAAGCCACAGUGUUCUAAGCUAUCACUGUUGUGUAUUUUUAAAGAGUAAGGGAUUGACCUAGGUGAAUUUCAAUACCUAGGCAAGUUCUAGUUCCUAGAUAAUAAUAGCCCAUGUAGUAUUCCAGGAUGAUGAGUAGACGUACAUACAAUUGCUGAUUUCAUUUAUGGCUUUUUAAGAAACUACUGAAGGAUUUGUAAGGUUUUGCAUCCUUUUUUUUUUGUAAAGUAAAAAUUAUGUAUCCACUGUGCACAUUGAUGUUUCUAUUGAAGAAAAUAAAAUCAUCUAAUGUGCUCCA